AUGGGAGCCUUGGGUUCGCUCUGGGUUUUCUUCACUCUCAUCGCGCCAGGAGUUCUUGGUCAGUGUAAGUCGCUGCCAAGGUAUACUUUUGCUAAACCUAUUAUUGAGAGUGAUAAAUCUGAGUUUGCUGUUGAUACAACUUGGAAAUACAAAUGCCUCCCUGGGUAUAGUGGGAAGCCAUUCUUAAUCACCUGCUUAAAGAAUUCCAAGUGGUCAGAUGCUCGGCAGCUCUGUAAUCGUAGAUCAUGCACAACUCCUGGAGACCUCCUCCAUGGCUCUGUGAAUAUAAGUAUGGGUAUCAAGUUUGGGUCAACAAUUACAUACUCUUGUAAUACAGGAUAUCGACUCAUUGGUGACUCAUCUGCUACAUGUAUUGUCUCAGACAAUAGUCUAAUUUGGGAUACUGACAGGCCUACUUGUGAAUCUAUUCCUUGUGAGUCACCUCCAGCCAUUGCCAAUGGGGACUUUUACAGAAGCAGUAUAGACACCUUUUUCUAUGGAAUGGUAGUAAAGUAUCAUUGCCAUGUUGGAAAAAAUGGGGAAAAACUGUUUGACCUGGUGGGUAAGGAGUCAAUACAUUGCACCAGCAAAGACAAUCAAGUUGGCAUCUGGAACAGUCCACCCCCUCAGUGUAUUCCUAUAGUCAAGUGCCCACUGCCACAAAUUGAAAAUGGAGAAGUGGAGUCUGGAUUUAAACAUUCCUUCUUCUUAAAUGACACAGUAAUGUUUAAGUGCAAGUCUGGCUUUACUAUGAAAGGCAGCAGUAUAGUGUGGUGCCAGCCAAACAGCAAAUGGAGCCCUCCACUGCCAACAUGCUUCAGGGGAUGUCUACCACCUGAAAAUAUCCACCACGGUGAUUAUAACGAAAAAGAUAAGGAAUUCUUUUCUGUUGGCCAGGAAGUGUCAUAUACCUGUGAACCUGGCUAUAAUCUCAUUGGAACUAACCUGGUCCAGUGUACAUCCUUUGGAACCUGGAGCCAUGCAGCCCCAACAUGUGAAGUGAAAUCAUGUGAUGCCCUUCCAAGCCAACUUCUCAAUGGCCGUGUGUUUCUUCCUUCUAACCUCCAACUUGGGGCAGAGGUUUUCUUUGUUUGUGAUAAAGGGUUCCAGUUAAAUGGCAAUUCUUCUAGUCAGUGUGUCCCAGAAGGAGAGACAGUAAUCUGGAACAAUAAGUUUCCUGUCUGUGAACAGAUUUUUUGUGACCCUCCUCCUAAAGUCAAAAAUGCUCGGAAACUCUUCUAUUCUCUUCCCAUACCCGUUGACACUGUUGUGCGGUACACUUGCUUACUUAACUAUCGCCUCAUUGGAGAAAAGACUAUGCUUUGUAAAAGUAAAGAUCAAGCGAAGGCCGCUUGGGAUAAAACUCCUCCUGUAUGUGAAGAAUGGAAUAAGUAUUCUACUUGUUCAGAGCCCAGCAUACCAGGGGGAUUCAAAAGUAAACAAUCUAAACCACCACCAUUCAAACAUGGUGACUCUGUGACAUUUACCUGUAAAGCCAACUUCACCAUGAAAGGAAACAAAACAGUCUGGUGCCAAGCAAAUAAUAUGUGGGGACCGUCACCACUGCCAGUCUGUGAGAGCAAUUUCCCUCGAGAGUGCCCAUCACUUCCCACGAUCCGUAAUGGACACCAUACAGAGCAGCAUGUUGCCAAGUUUGUUCCAGGGUUGUCUGUGACAUUCAGUUGUGAUUCUGGUUAUUUGCUUGAUGGACAAAAGACAAUUAAGUGUUUAUCUUCGGGAGACUGGGAUGGUGUCUUCCCCACAUGCAAAGAGGCCAAAUGUGAACCUCCAGGACAGUUUCCCAAUGGACAGAUAAAAGAACCUAUAGGUCUUCAGGUUGGCAAAACUGUGCACUUCUCCUGUAAUGAAGGAUACAAAUUACAAGGACAACCUUCUAGUCAGUGUGUAAUUGUUGAACAGAAAGCCAUUUGGACCAAGAAGCCGGUAUGUAAAGAAAUUCUCUGUCCCCCACCUCCACCUGUUCUUAAUGGAAGACAUACUGGCAGCUUUUCAGCAAAUGUAUCAUAUGGAAGCACAGUUACCUACACCUGUGACCCAAGCCCAGAGAAAGGAGUGAACUUCAUUCUUAUUGGAGAGAAGACUAUCUAUUGUACCAGCGACAGCAAGAAGAGUGGGAUCUGGAGUGGCCCUGCUCCACGUUGUGAACUUUCGACUUCUGCAGUUCAAUGUCUAAAACCCCAGAUAGAUAGAGGUCAAAUUUUAUCUAUUUUAAAAGAUAAAUAUUCCUAUAAUGACACUGUGACAUUGUCUUGUGAAUCUGGCUUUAACUUGAAGGGCAGCAAGAGAAUUCGAUGCAAUGCCCAGGGCACAUGGGAACCAUCAGUACCAGUAUGUGAAAAAGAAUGUCCAGCUCCUCCUAAAAUCAUCAAUGGGCAAAAAGAAGAUAGGCACGCCCUCAACUUUGAUCCUGGAACAUCCAUAAGAUAUAGCUGUGACCCUGGCUAUUUACUGGUGGGAGAGGAUACUAUACACUGUACUCCUGAGGGAAAGUGGACACCCAUUGCCCCCCAGUGCAAAGUUGCAGAAUGUAAACCAGUAGGACCACAUCUCUUUAAGAGGCCUCAGAGUCAGUUUAUUAGGGCAGCUGUAAAUUCUUCUUGUGAGGAGGGGUCCCACUUAAGUGAGAGCGCUUAUCAGCUGUGCCAAGGUACAAUUCCUUGGUUUUUAGAGAUUCGUCUUUGUAAAGAAAUUACCUGUCCACCACCUCCUAUUAUCCACAAUGGGACACAUACAGGGAGUUCCUCAGAAGAUGUCCCAUAUGGAACUGUGGUCACCUACACGUGUUAUCCCGGGCCAGAGGAAGGAGUGCAAUUCAACCUCAUUGGGGAGCGCACCAUCCACUGUACAAGUGGAAGCAGAGGAAGAGGCUCCUGGAGUGGCCCUGCUCCUCUCUGUAAACUUUCCCUCCCUGCUGUUCAGUGCUCAGAUGUCCAUGUGGCAAAUGGAUAUAAGCUGCCUGGCAAAGGAGCUCCAUAUUUCUACAAUGAUAGUGUGACAUUCAAGUGUAACAAUGGAUACAUUUUGAAUGGAAGUAGUCAGAUUCGUUGUAAAGCCAAUAAUACCUGGGAUCCUGAAAUACCACUUUGUGAAAAAGAAGGAUGUGAGCCUGUGCUAGAACUUCAUGACCUUCCAAAUGAGCCACACAUAAAACUAGUGAAUAGAGCCUGUCAACAUGGGUACCAGUUGACUGAACAUACUUAUGAAAAGUGUCAAAAUGCUGAGAAUGGGACUUGGUUCCAAAAGAUUGCAGUUUGUAAAGUUGUUCUCUGUCAACCUCCACCAAAAAUUGCAAAUGGAAAGCAUACAGGAAUGAUGAUAGAGCAUUUCCUAUAUGGAAAUGAAGUCUUUUAUGAAUGUGAUCAAGGGUUUGAUCUUCAGGGAGAGAAAAGUUUGCAAUGCAGAAAUGAUCCUAAAGGACAUGGAUCUUGGAGUGGGCCUCCACCAAAAUGCCUAAAAUCUUCUCCUCCAACUCAUUGUCCUGAUCCAGAAGUCAAACAUGGAUACAAACUCAACAAAACUCACUCUGCAUAUUCCCAUAAUGACAUACUACAUGUUGCCUGCAAUCAUGGCUUCAUCAUGAAUGGCAGUCACUUGAUUAGGUGUCAUACCAAUAACACAUGGAUACCAGGUAUACCAACUUGUAUCAGAAAAGCUUUCUUAGGUUGUCCUUCUCCAUCCACAAUUGCCAAUGGAAAUCAUACUGGUGAGAACAUAGCUCGAUUUUCUCCUGGAAUGCCAGUCAUGUACAGCUGUCACCAUGGUUACCUUCUGGCUGGAGAGGCAUUGCUUGUCUGUACUCAUGAGGGUACCUGGAGCCAGCCUGCCCCUUAUUGCAAAGAGGUAAACUGUAGCUUACCUGAGGAUACAAAUGGAAUCCAGAAGGGACUCCAGCUUGGAAAAAUGUAUCGGUAUGGAGCUACUGUGACUUUGGAAUGUGAAGAUGGCUAUACCUUGGAGGGAAGUCCUCAGAGCCAGUGCCAGGAUGACCACCAGUGGAAUCCUCCCCUGGCUAUCUGCAAAUAUCGGUCAACUAUGCCUCUUAUUUGUGGUGUUUCUGCAGGCUCGGUCGUUAUUAUUUUGGUUGGUGUCAUCUUCUGCAUGAUGCUAAGACAUAAAGAACGAGUGUCGGUGGCCAUGUCAGAGGAGCUGCAGUCAGCAAUGGCGCUUAUGGAAUACAACCCACCUGCUUUUUUUUCCGGAACUCAGCGUCAUUUCCCGCACCCUGGGCGUGGUUGCCUUCUCUUUGCCGUUCUGCUGGGCUUGAUACUGGUGUUGAAGAAAAUGAAGGCUUCUCGGAGCUCAGAGCGUCCGGGCCCCGUGGGGCGCCUUGUAGCUUUCUGCCACGGCGGAGCCCAGCUGGCCAUCCUGCUGCUGUUCCUUCCGCCAUCAGUUUUGGGCCAGUGCAAAGCCCCAUCAUGGUUUCCAUUUGCCAACCGUAUAACUCAAACUGAUGAAUCCGAGUUUCCCAUUGGAACAUCUUUGAUGUAUGAAUGUCGCCCAGGAUAUAUCAAGAGGCAGUUCUCUAUCGUAUGUGAACAAAACUCAGACUGGACAAGUGCUGAAAAUAAGUGUAUACGUAAAUCAUGUGCAAACCCUAAAGAUCCUCAGAACGGCAUAGUAAAUAUAAUCACAGACAUUCAGUUUGGAUCCAGUAUCACUUAUACUUGUAAUACAGGAUACCGCCUCAUUGGUUCCUCUGCAGCUAUGUGCAUAAUCUCAGAUAACGGUCUCAUUUGGGAUAAUGAAGCACCUAUUUGUGACAGAAUUCCUUGUGAAGCACCCCAAGCCAUUGCCAAUGGAGAGUUCGUUGUGCCUACAGAAGAUUUUUAUUAUGGAAUGGUAGUCACCUAUCGCUGCAAAACUGGUGAUAGAGGGAAAAAGCUCUUUAAUCUGGUGGGUGAACCAUCCUUACACUGUACCAGCAAUGAUGGUGAAGUUGGAGUCUGGAGUGGCCCUCCUCCUCAGUGCGUUGAACUCGGCAAAUGUACACCUCCCCAUGUUGAAAAUGCAGUCAUGGUGUCUGAAAGCAGAAGCUUGUUUUCCUUAAGAGAUACUGUGGAGUUUAAAUGUCAACCUGGCUUUAUCAUGGAAGGAAUCAGCAGUGUACAGUGUCAAAACCUAAACAAAUGGGAGCCAGAGUUACCAAGCUGCUUCAAGGUGAAAUCCUGUGGACCUUUCCUGGACCAGCUUCCUAAUGGGAAAGUACUAUUUCCACUAAAUCUUCAAAUUGGGGCUAAAGUGUCCUUCGUUUGUAAUAAAGGGUUUCAAUUAAAAGGCAAUUCUGCUAGUUACUGUAUUCUGGCUGGAAGGGACAGUAUUUGGAAUAGCAGUGUUCCUGUGUGUGAACGAAAUUUUUGUCCAUAUUCUCCAGCUGUCAUCAAUGGGAAACAUACAGUUACUAUCAGAAGAGUGACAUGUAUCAUCCCAGAGCAUAUGAGUGGAAUCAGUGAGGAGCUGAAAAUGAAAAAAUAUUACUAUGAAGAUAAUGUAACCUUGGAAUGUAAGGAUGGGUAUACUCUAGAAGGCAGUUCUCAGAGCCAGUGCCAGUUAGAUGCCACCUGGGAUCCUCCUCUGGCCAACUGUGUAUCUCGCUCAAACCGUCUUCUCAUACUUGGCAUUUUCAUUGGGAUAAUCAUCUUUAUUUCACUCAUCCUUGUUUCCUAUUGCCUGAUUCGAAAAUAUAAAAAACGCAACACCACAGAUGGAAAGUGUAAAGGAGUGAGUAUCCAUUUAAAUUCUGAAGAAGACAGCUGUAUUCACCCUCAAGCUCUGCUCGCAAGUCAAGAGAACAACAGUUCCACUAGCCCAGCUCGGAUUGAUUUGCCCAAGAAGCCUCCUAAAUAACCACAUUGCAAAAGGAUGUCACUUUCUGAAAAACUAUAUCCUACUUGUAUCACUUUUAAAAUAAAC